GGCAGCGCGUCCGUCGCGCGUCGCUUCUGUUUCCGUCUCUGACUGCGGCUUUGUGUUUUGGUUAAAAUGGCGAAAUUUGGUGAAUUAAAAUCUUUCCUUGAAUCUUCAUUAAAUGAAAUCUUCCGUGCGACUGUCAGCGAUAUUUUGGAUUCAGUGGAUAAAACUCUGACGGAAUAUCAGCGCAAAAUGCAUCGAAUUGAGUCUGAAAACGAAGAUUUGAGAAAUCAGCUGUGUGCAAAAGAGAAAAUGAUAAAGCAGAUCAAAACCGAGGAUGAAGAUCGUGUUGUUGCUCAGCUUGACUUGUCAAGAAAUGUUUUUACAGAAGAUCUGUUUCCAUCCUCUCAUAUGAGUAAAUACAGAGAUCAUAGUAAGAUCACUGGAGAUUUACUGACCGACUGCAGAAAAUUACGAAUCCCACAGAGGCUAAACAAAGACUGUUCAACAAAUACAUUGUCACGUGCAAGUCUAAAGCCUGAUCCUGAUGCUGAGGAGGGUUGUGCCGUUGACCUUUCAAUGUCUCACGCUUCUCCCAAAUACACUUAUAAAGAAAUCAACAGUGAACAGCGUACCACUGAGAAGUGUGAUUCAGAACAUUGCAUUAAAUUUAAACAUCCUCAUGGGAUAUCAAAUGACUUCAACAGUAACGUUCAAGUAACCGUAGUGUCAGAUAAUCCAUAUUGUGUUGGUGAGGACGAGAAUGAGGACCACAGAGAUGCUAAUUCGGUGGAUGAAGCUCAGGAGUUAUACGAGACAGAACCCCAAAGUCCAGACAGAUUUUCAGAGGAAGGGUUUUCUGGAAUAUUCCAGAUGACAGAACCUCCACCAAACCCACAAGGAUUCACAGUGAAUGCGAAUUACAGCUGCAAUCAGUGCAAUAAGAGCUUCAAGCACGAAGCGUCACUCAACAUUCACUUGAGAUCGCACAGCAGCGAUAGGCCGCUCAUCUGCGGCCAAUGCGGAAAGUGUUUCGACCGAGCCGAUCUCUUGAGAAACCAUCUGCGCACGCACACCGGAGAAAGACCCUUCGCCUGCGACCUGUGCGGCAAGAGCUACGGCCAUCAGAGCCAGCUGCGAAUACACAAAAGGAUCCACACGGGCGAGAGGCCGUACUGUUGUUCGCACUGCGGCAAACGAUUCAACGAACACAACCAGCUCAAAGUCCAUUUGCGGACGCACACGGGCGAAAGGCCGUACAGCUGCUCCGUGUGCGCCAAAACCUUCUCCAAUGCCGGCAAUCUGAAGAGCCAUCAAAGGGUCCACACCGGAGAGAAGCCGUACAGCUGCGGCCAGUGCGGCAAGAGCUUCAACGGAAUGGGAGACCUUAAAACUCACUUCAGGAUCCACACGGGCGAGAAGCCGUACCAGUGCGAACUGUGCACGAAGACGUUCAGCCAGGCCGGACAUCUGACCAUCCACAAGCGCAUGCACACCGGUGAGAGACCGUACGGCUGCGGCGAGUGCGGCAAGCGCUUUACUGUGGCCAGCAGCCUGAAACUGCACCAGUUGACGCACACUGGAGAAAAACUGCACAACUGUUCGCAUUGCGACAAGAGUUUCAGCAGAGCGUGUCAUCUGAAGAGACAUGAGCUGGUCCACACUAAAGAGAAGCUGUACUGCUGUUCACACUGUGGUAGGAGAUACAGCGACCAGUCUUCACUAAAGAAACACCAGAAACAACAUACAGCAGAUAACGCAGAAACACCCAAGUCUGAUGACCAUGACGACGCUGAUCAAAUCUUAACGGAAUAGACACCGAAGGCGUCAGUUCUUCUUUUUACACCAUCGUCCAUAAUUGUUAAAUUUGAAAACAUGAAAUAUGUGAUUGCACAUAGACUUUACCGUUAACCCUUGUUGUACAGCUUUGAGAAUUACAGAUUAUCCAGUAAGGGAACAAAGGAGUUUCAGGUGGUGAUCAGCACGGCAUGGUUCUGGUGAAUCUUACUGUAAAUGUCUUUCCAUUAAUAUUUCUAUCAAAAUGACCAAAUCAAUCUCCUGUCACAGAAUGUAUCCAAGUCAUCAUGCAUGAUGUUUUUAAAGUAUGCAUGUUACACAUUCAAAGCAAUCUGCUAUUCCUAAAAGACUUUCUUGUAUUAGUCAGUAAAUGAGGCUGAACACUUAUGCUACAUUCCUCCUCUCAGCAGGAUGAAGACCAAACAGCUUACAAGUCAAUGUGAUGAUGAUGAUAGCAUAACACACUUUAGUCUUUUCAUCAAUUAACCCUAUUUCAUUAUAAUCAGUAUGUUCUCUUUAGGCUGCACAGAUCUUGUGUGUGUACUGUACAUCUUGUUGAUUAUAACUGUCGUGAUAUAGCCAGGUAUCAAAUGGCUUAAAUGGUACACCAGGGUGCUUCAGGAAAUACCAUGGUAUUACUGUAGUGUUGUGUUGUG